AUCAGUUCUGGGGUAAAUCAAUGUUUUAGUCGAUCCCACUCGAGUGAUACGCAUCUACCUGUCCUCCCAGAUGCCCGCCGCGAUGUCCCCCUUGGACGGGGAGGCGCGCUUGAACUCGGCGGCGAGCGCACGCCCCCAGGGCUGCCUGCGCCGCCGUUCUUCGCGCCGCAUCGAUCUGUGAGGGUCCCCCGUGGCCAGAAGAGCCGGGCGAGCUCGCCAGCCCCCCCCCCCUUCGCGCGCCGCCGCCGAGGUACUGCAAGGCGAGGCCGGUGGGCGGAGACCAAGGGUGCGACCAGAACUUGACGAAGGUGAAGGUCGGAUUCGGGUGAACGGGUCCUGUGCAGACGGGGCCUCCAAGAGGUGCGCAGUAGUCCGUGCAGUCGUUCGCGCGGGAUACGCACGUCAUACAGUGUCAGCACGUGGCUGCCGCGCGCCAUGCGCCACAGAAUGGACUACGGCGGCGGAAUUGGAUAAGGAACGUAUUCGUGGGGCCCAGGCCCUGGCGCAUUCCCUAUGGUUUCAAGGCGAGGUGCGUGGCCGACGUCUGGCCGCCCAUCGGUCGCGAGGCCCUGGGUUCCGCAUCGAAGGUAUCCUUAUCGAAAACCUCCACCGUAUUGCAUGUGCUUCGCGGCCCCACUACGAGAGACCCCAUCGUGCCUUUUGCCCGGAGCCAAGAAGGAGUGGCGCCUGUUCGAGUGGCAGGCCCUGUACCCCGCAGCCCCCCCGCGGUCGGGCGUCCUCUGGGACUACUACCGGGCGAGCGCGGACGGCAUGUGCAGCGCACAGCCCAGCGGCGUGGCCGAGGAGGUGCUGCAGGUCUGGCACGUGGUGCGCGGGGGCCUGGAGCGGGGUCGGAACAAGCUGCGCGAGUGGUCCAUGCGAUGACUUGGUGCCCUGGUGGCGCGCUGGCGGCCCCUCAAGAGCCGCUGGACUUUUGUCAAUCGUCGGCAGGAAGCCCAGACUCCCUUCGCGUCG